AUGACCACGACUACAUCGCAUACUGGCGCUGCGUUGGCUGUCCUGACGGACCAUGGACUGUUACUACAUAUUACGAGCUUCCAAGGAGGACUGCCCUAUCUCGUAGGUAAGAUCGACGCCAGUCUCGACUGCUUUACCCAGCUAGGAGCCUUCCGUGGAAAGUUGCCUCGGUUUGCCAUUCGUCAACGAGAUCUACACAUGCUCGAGGUGCUGCAAAGAGCUUCGCAAAAUCCGAGACUUCAAAAGCUGCCGCAACUGCAAUUUUACGGGGUGCGUCGCUGUGCCAUUCAAUACAACAGCCUUCAACUUCUGAAAUGGCUACAUGCCACUCGGGACAAGUCUCCAACAAUGACUGACGAGCCGAGACUGCUCGGCGCGGCGAUAACCUGCUAUUUUGACAAUGUAGAGAUAAUGGAGUGGCUUCACAGCUCCCCAGAAGGGCCACAUGAAGCAGUUGACAGGGUCACGGAAGUCGAAUUGUGCCAUGCGGCGGAAUUUGGCAACAUUCGCGGCAUCCGUUGGCUGCAUGAACAUGGAUGCACAGCCUUUACCCCACUCGUGAUGGAUACAGCUGCUACACAUGGAUACUUGGAGCUGGUGACGUUCUUGCACGAGAACAGGACAGAAGGGUGCACAACGCGAGCCAUGCACGGGGCGGCGUUGAAUGGAUACCACGAAGUUGUCAAGUUUCUGGCGCUUAAUCGAUCGGAAGGUCCAAGUGAACGAACGUUGGAGAUGGCUACAAGUGCAGGUCAUUUACGUUGCGUUAAGUUACUCUGCAAAGUUGCACAGCCUCCUCGUGGCACGGACUCGUGGAACUUCAAAGUGGCUCAUCAGUGUGCGAUUGAUGCAGGCCACAGAGAUGUGGCUCGCUUUCUUGCCAUCCAGACCGAAAAGGGAACCAAGGAAAAGAAACGCUGGUGCUUCGGUCUCUUUUGAAGCUAACGAUAUGGAUACACAUGUAUUAUCAGAUUAACGUUACGUAUUUUUCUGUGCAAUAAAACGUUUUACAACCACUG